AUAUUGUAAAAAACAAACUAGAAUAUUGUGUAUCUCGCAAAUAUAUUUUACUAUAAUAAUAUUUACCAAGCUGGCAAAUAUGGAUCUUAGACUGCUUAAUUUCCAAUCAUAUGAGGAUUACCUGAAAGCGCUCAUUAAAACUGAGGACUAUAGAUAUCUAUCGGCUAUGCAGCCCAUUAGAAAGCUGGUGAAUCUCGGCUAUCGCUGCAGCAGCAAAGUAUACGAACAGAAUGAAUUUCACAAACUCCAAAAACAACUGCAAGAGCAUAUUAAUCCAAAGAUCUCUUCGAGCGUCCUCUAUGGCAAUUACUUCAAAGGUACCGAUGCUGGCUUAAAAGCUUUGGUGGACCGUGAGGAAGCCAAUUUGUUACAGAAACUAUCUUUUGUUUAUACUUGCUUUUGCGCAGACCAUUAUCUUUCUGCAGGUGCAGCAGCGAAGUGGCUUCGACUUAUCCGGCUAUAUAGACUAUGAAAAAAGUUUGCGCGACUGCUCCUUAAAGGUGCCCAAUCGCACGAAUUGGAGGGCCGUGUUUGAGGGUCGAGCUAGGCUGCGUCCGAAGCCAAACGAUUUGAGCUUUUACGACUGGCAUAGAAAUGUCUUAUGUUAUAAUGAUACCUAUAAUUUCGAUAUCGUGCGUAGCAGCAAAACCUUAAUGUUCAAGCAUAAAUCCGAUCACAAGCUUAUUCCAGUAUGCGAUAGGCCCAAUCCGUACUCCGAAAAUGUUACUCGAGUUAUGAUUCCCUCCGAAAUAUAUGGUUAUAUUAUUUUAUAUGAUCACAUUAUAAGAUGAAAAAAUAUUGU